CGUCCCACAUUGUGACACUUCCGCGCAGUGCUUCCGGUAACAUACACGUGAAACCGGUUGACAUUCCUCUGCACCCUGGUUGAUGACGGAAUUGAGCUGAAAAUGAUGUGUUUUCAUUCAUAAGUUAAUCACCAUGGCUUCAUCCUGUACACAGCUGUGUCUACAAGGCAGAUGUCUUCUUCGCUCCAGGACAGUGGCUAGUACAUGGCAGUAUUCCACUCAAGUUCGCCAUUGCACCACAGUUACAAGGUUACCCACCAGAAUCCUAAAUGGAUCCUCACUUAUCAAAGGGAAUCACACAGCAACUCAGGUGAGACAGCGGUGGAAACAACAGAUGUUCUCUUACAGUGACUUCGCUACUAAACAUCUGGCAAGUGACGCUAAGGAAGACAAGGCUAUUGAAGAAUUGUCGAGUGCUAAUGUCGUAGCAUACAAGAGCCCCCUGUUGCCAAUCAGAGAUGCUGUGCCAAUGAGUGAAAGCCAGAUGCCAAUAGAUCUGGAUGCCACUGAAUUUUCAGCAUUAGAGGAGAUUGGUGAUGAAGAGGCUGUCAGUAUAUCUGUUCCUUCUGCCCUGCCUCCAGCGUCCACCUCUCUUAGAGACUACGUUGACCAGUCUGAGACACUCAGCAAACUAGUACAGCUAGGUGUAAACAUGUGGAAGCUUGAACAAAGGCCCAACGUGGGCUCCAUGCUGCUGAGGCUCAACUUUAACACAGAUGUAGCCCCGAGGCUGCUGUUUCUCAAAGAGAUUGGGGUGGAGGACUCCCGCUUUGGCUAUAUUGUCACCCACAACCCCUUCAUUCUCACAGAGAGUUUGGAAAACCUACAGGCCAGGGUGAACUAUCUCAAGUCAAAGAAGUUUAGUUCUGAGACUGUUGCAUCCAUGGUGUCCAGAGCUCCAUAUCUGCUUAACUUCAGUGUGAAGAGGCUGGACAACAGACUGGGCUUCUAUCAGCAACAACUCAACCUCAGUGCUUCUAAUACACGGGACAUUGUAGCUCGUCUACCCAGGUUACUGUGUGGCAGUUUGGAGCCUGUUAAAGAGAAUUUGAAGGUGUGUGAAAUAGAGCUUGGCUUUAAGAAGAAUGAGAUCCAACACAUGGUUAUCGCUGUCCCAAAAGUGCUGACUGCCAACAAAAGGAAGCUAACACAAAUAUUUGACUUCCUCCACAAUACCAUGAAGGUGCCGCACCAUCUGAUCACCAAGUUCCCACAGGUCCUCAAUACCAAGUUCCUGCGUAUCCAGGAGCGCCACCUGUUCCUCGAGUACCUUGGAAAGGCUCAGUAUGACCCAACUCAGCCCAACUUUAUCUCUCUGGGCCGCCUGGUGUCUUUGCCCAAUGAGACUUUUUGCACAGAGUUGGCUUUGGCCACACUGGAAGAUUUUUAUUUGUUCCAAAAAACACUUUGAAUCUUUGUGAGGGGGCAUAAAUAUGACUUUGGACAACAAAUGGUCAAGCAAACAGAAUAAAUACCAUAAUGUCAGAUACAUGCAGAUAUGAAACUGAGUUUGCUUUGUAAAUGUGAUGUUUAAUAAAUGUACACAAUGUAUAUCAGC